UGCGUUGCAGAAUGAAGUUCUACGUGGGCAUCAUUAUAACGGUAUUUUUUGUGUGCAAGAGAUUUGCAGAGGCUGAACAAAGUUACAUGGUGAAAAAUGACCAUUUCGAGCAUUACGAUGGUGAGCAGGAGACUCUAUUUUCUGCGGAUAACGCUAGAGUUAUCGGCCGUCAACGUACCUUGAAUGGCACUUUGAAGUUUUUGGAAGAUAUGGACAACGAACACUUUAUGAUGAGUGUAGAAAUUUUCUAUUCGAAACCAGGUGAUGAUAACUAUAAGCUUUUACCCAUGGGCGUCCCGCGUAUGCCCCUUUGUGAGGGUCUCAAAAACUAUUUCGCUAAAGUAGCGCAACCGUCUUUUGUACACGGUGAGAACACCGAUUUUCCUUACAUACCUGAAGAAGGUUUGUGUCCGCUGCCGAAAAAGGAAUAUUACUUUAAGAAUUUGACUGUCAAAACCGACACAUGGCCCACUCAGAUACCAAGGGGCAAUAUAAAAGCGAAAAUAACUUUUUUCAAGGAUGGGGUCGAUAUUGGCGCAGGGUCAUUGGUUAUGAAAGUGGAAGACCGUGAAUGAAGCUUUUUGGUUUUGAAAACGAAUGUAAAAAAGACAGAAUUUGUUUAACUUACAACUUAGUACUAGAAAAAAUAGAAUUGAAAAAAAAUA